AUGAUUUGCUCACUUUGCCCCGCUCCUCCUGAUGACAAUAUCAAUAUCGAUGCUAAUGGUAAUAAUGGCAACGCCGAAAGAAGAAAAAGGCGGUUUUCCUUGAGGUCCAAGAGCCAUGCUGUACAGCAAAAUAUUGUCUUGCCCGGCAACAUAAACCCUAGUAACGAUAACAACGCUACUCAAAAUGAGGUUGAUGCCGCUGCUGUUCUGCCAGACCCAGUAAACGCCAUCAACAAUGUCACUCUGAAGUACAAAACUGUCCAACACAUUACCGCUAUUCCCUUCAUAAACAGAUUUGACGAAGGUCGCUUGGCUGGUAGAUUUGAGGAAUGUGCUGAAAGGUUUUUAAAUUCAAGAGUGAUGAUCAAUCUGGCACCAAUUACAACGAAGAUUGAUAGACUUAUCGAUAAAUUGAUGACCAUCACUGAGUCCCUCAUUCCAUGCCUAAGACCAGAUGAAGAAGUAGAGUUCCCACGACCACCUCUUGAUGAAGACACUGAGCGUAAUCGAAACGGUCAUAAUUUUAUUGUUGCUAGUGUAGUUCCAGAAGGUCAAUCUAUCGUGGCACCAAAAAAUGUAAGAAAACUUGGUGGUAGGAAAGCGUGUAUACUAAUCAGAACAAAUGCCAACGCCAAAAAGGACAAGAUUAAAAUCAGACAACUAGGUCGUACUGAACAAACCGAUAAAAUUAUCUCAAUGAUUACAAACUCAACAGUUAUUCCUGGUGUUGACAACAACCAAAACCUGGUCAGAAUCAGUAAUUUUGAUGGCGGUAAUGUCGUUAUUGCCGAGGAUGAAUCUCUACGUUGUUUUGAAGUGAUAUAUUUCUUAAUUAAUAGUACUAAUGAAAUUCUAAUGACUUUCAUUGACAGUCAAUCCUUGAUAUAUGCAGCUGUCAUUGGCAGGAUGACAGAUAUUACAAGUGUUAUUGAAGGUAAGCUAUAUCCUUUGAAGAAAUGUAUAAUGAACAUUUUGAACAAACCAUUGGAUGAACCCGAAGCCAUUCACCCAGUCAUAACUAUCCCACCUGUUGAUGGAGGAAAUGGGAACAAUGAAGAUAUCGAAGGUAACAUCCCACAACAACCAUUAAGACCAAUUGAAUAA